CAACCCAAAACCCAAACCCGCACACGUCACCUUAUCUCGUAGUACCGCGCGCUUAGCAACACCACCAACAUGUCCCGCGACUCCUCCCGCACAUACAUCCAUCUUGCAGAGCCGCGCUUCGCCGACCUCUUCGAGGACUUCACCCGCACGCCCCUGCUGCCUGAGGAGAUCUACGUCGCGCCCCAGCACCAGCCUAUCAACCCGGAGGACGAGGACGACGUCGUCCCUGACCAGCAUGCCGCGUUUGGCAUCCAGCGUGCGACGCAGCAGCGCCGCCAGCCCGCGUGGAAAGACCUUGGUCUCGAGGAGCUCAUGACUAAGGGGCCUUCUGAGCCUGUGAGGGCCACGCUUACCCAUCGCACUAAGGGGAAUGGGGAGGGCUCGAGCUCAAGUGCUUUGCCUAGGUAAAGGAUUGAGCGUACUUGACGGUUUUCGGACUUGAUUUCUGCAAGUAGACUGUUUGGGUGGAAUUAUGAAGACUGGCGUGAGGAUGCCAGAGGUUGGAAUGCUUUCCCUUUUAUUAACUAGAGAUACCACCCCUAAGUCUCUUCUCUACUGAAGAGAUCAUCAAUUUACCUCCUAUGACGAAAU